AUGGCUUAUUUACCCAUUUCUAAUUCAUGCAGUUCUACAGACUCGAAGCAAAUUAAGAAUCCGCUCAAGUCAUAUUCAACAAACAAAACCAAUUCAAAAUAUUCUGCAACUACUUCAUCUUAUUCAAGUGAAUCAGAUCUAACGGCAGAAUUAAACCAUCUUGAUUCAACAAUUGAAACUAUUGAGAAUCAAUUUGAAGAAUAUCACAAGGCUGAUUGUGAGAGUAUAAGAAGGAGAUACCAUGCAACUUUCUGUGCUCGACAAUAUAAAAGCUAUUAUACGAUAAUUGGUGCUAUACUUUUGGAAAUAUUCUUCUUUUUUUUAUGUAUCUUUAAUCCAAUAUGA